UUAAGUAAGCUAGCCAGAAUAAUUGCACAUUUUCGCCGUAAUUAUUAAAGUAUACAGGAUGGGACUCUUAUUUUGAAGGAAUACAGGAAAAUCCGUGACCCAGAAGUGCUUAGUUAUACUUGCCUGCUUCACAAAACUAACAGCAUAGAACGAAAAUAUAAAUAAUUUCGCUCCCCUCUGACGAAUCCGUUUCCCCCUAUCCCUUACCUAUGGCUUCAAAUUCAAACAUAGAUAUAGAGGGUGCAACCCAGCAUCUUCGUGACAUAUUAAAGUUGGAUAGACCCGGGAACAACGUAGACGCAUCUCCAUGUGAGAGCCAAAGAAAAACAUCUUUCAAUGGCGAAUUGAAUGGACUUCUGCUGGGAGCUGGCAGCAGGUCAACGAUGGAUGAAUCCACAGGCCCUAAUUCAGAGAACAUGAAUACCCAAGAGUGCCAGAUAAUCUGCCUCUCUGGGGAUGAUGGCUCCACUUGCAUUCCCAUCACAUCCAACAAUGUUGAAAUUGUGGCCAGUCGAGACUCAAGCAUUGACAGCAAGGCCCGUGGCAGCAACAAGGUAAAAAUCCAGCCUGUCGCCAAGUACGACUGGGAGCACAAGCAUUACUACGGCAACCUGAUUGCAGUUUCUAACUUAUACCUGGCAUAUGCAAUCCGAGGAGCAAACAACCAGGCCAUGAUCCGUGUGUUGAGCCUGGGCUCCGCCGAGCGCACCCUGCUGAAGGGCUUCACUGGUGCAGUCACAGACCUGGCCUUCGCCCAUCUGGACUCCACCCUGCUGGGAUGUGUUGAUGAAGCUGGCAACCUGGUCAUCUGGCAGCUCACCUGCCACAGCAGCAAGAUCCAGGAUCAAGUGGUUGUCCACAUCCGGAGGCCUGAAGACACACCUCUAAACUCCAAUAGGAGGUUGAUCUGGUGUCCUUUCAUCCUAGAGGACAAUGAAGAGAACCCUGAGGAUGCUAGCCAGACCCUGGCCCUGCUGCAUGAAGACAGAGCUGAGGUGUGGGAUCUGGAGAUCCUCCGCAGCAACAAUAGCACCUGGCCAGUAGAUGCCACUGACCUGAAGGACGGCGUUAUAACCAUAAAAGGACAUACCGAGCGUAUAAGUGAAGGUGCCCUGUCUCCAGAUGGCACAGUCUUGGCCACAGCCAGUCAUGAUGGUUAUGUAAAAUUCUGGCAAAUCUACAUUGAAGGACAGGACCAGCCAAGUCCUCUCCCCGGCUUCUUUCACAGAUGUCUGCAUGAGUGGCAGCCCCACAAUGGGAACCCCCUCUCCUGCCUGCUGUUCUGUGACAACCACAAGAAACAGGACCCAGAUGUUCCAUUCUGGCGCUUUCUGAUUACUGGAGCUGAUCAGAACCAGGAGCUGAAGAUGUGGUGCACAGUGUCAUGGACCUGCCUGCAGACCAUCAGGUUCUCUCCAGACCCGUUCAACUCCUCAGUCCUGCCCAGUCUAAAGGCCAGCCUGGACCUCUCUGCAGAAUGCCUCAUCCUCAGCGACGUACAGAGAAAGGUGUUGUAUGUGAUGGAGUUGUUGCAGGACCAGGAGAAGGGCCAUGCCAGCUUCACAGCCGUGUCUGAGUUCCUGCUCACACACCCUGUACUCAGCUUUGGUGUUCAGGACGUCAGCCGCAGCCGCCUGCGCCACACAGAGGUCCUCCCCCCAGAUGAGGAGAGCGAGAGUAUGACUGCUGAGGGCAUCCAGGGCCCAAUGGAAUCCAGAGCUGGGAUCCAAAUAAAGCUGUACUGUGUCCACACAAAGUCUCUUCAAGAUGUGCAGAUCUGGUUCCAGCCAAACCUAGGGUCUGGCUCGUCCUCAUUUCUGCCUCACUCAAACGAUGGCUUUGGUUUUUCGGAUCACUUGACAGACAUGAGCAUGGAAGGUUUGAGCUCUGACAAGGAGUCCGGAUGUGGCUCCCAAAAUGAUCUCCGGAAGAUUCCCGCCCUUCCUGCUCCUGUUGACUUCAUGUCCCCCACUGGCGCCGCCGCUAUGCCCAAGCUCAUGACCCCUGACGCCUUCAUGACCCCCAGUGCUUCAGUCCCAGCCUCCCCAGGCAGCAGUGCCAGCAGCCUGAAAAUUGUGACAGCCAUGACCAGCAACUCUGACAGUGGCGCCAGGGGAGGAGAGGAGCUGACCCAGAACUCCAAGAUGUCUGUGGAGAGCAGCAGCAGUAGCAGUCUGACCCUCAGUGCGAGCACCAGCAGCCCCAGAGCCAGCUCCCUUCUCAUCUCAGGCCUAGGGGACAACAUGCCGGUGCUUCCCUCUCCAAACCCGCCCCUCUCGCUGGACCCACAGGCCAUUGAGCCUAUGCUGAUUCAGCAUGCCUCUCCCACCCUGGCUCGCUCUCCAGACGUCAUCUCAUCUGCCUCCACGGCCAUGUCCCAGGACAUCCCUGAGAUCGCCUCUGAUACGCUGCAGCGAAGCCUGGGGGUUGUGUCUGGAGCUGAAUCCCGAGACCCUCUCCCAGCCCUUCACACAGACAGCAUGGCUUCAGCAGCCUCAGCCCUUCACCACCUCUCUCCACGGAACCGGAACAACUCUGACCACGGCCACCUGACCCUGGAGCUGGGUGCUGGAGCAGUGGAGGCGGAGCAGAGGCUCAGUAACACUCCUUCACUACUGGAGAAUGCCCUGACACAGGAGAAUGCUGCUGCAGCUGCCGCUGCCUCCUGCUCUGACAACAACACAAGCCACCCCUGGCCUGCAGCUCCCGACAUCACACGGGAAACGCGCAACAGCCUGCGGGACAACGGCCUAGGAGACUGCUCAAGGGAGGAAAUGAAGGACAGACACAUGUCCUCUCCAUACCACAGACGCACCUACCACUUAACCCAGAAUGACAGUCAGGACGCCAGUGCAGAACAAAGUGACCAUGAUGACGAGGUGGCCAGUCUAGCGUCGUCCUCCGGGAACUGUGGAGCCAGGUCGUCUCAAAGACUGCCAGUGAAGGAGUGGAAGAGCUCUCCCAGAGGCUCCCCUAAACUCAAGAGGAAGAGUAAAAAAGAUGACGUGGAUGCAUCUCAUGCCUCUCAGUCCAGGCAGCCUGAGCAUCAUAACCAUCAACAUCAGAUGAACCCUGAGGUGCAGGAAGAGCUGCUGAUGCUGCUGCGUAACCAGCAGAGGGAGCUAGCGGAUCUCCGUCAGAGUCAGCUAGAGCUGCUGCAGAGAGUGACGGGCCACAUGGACGCCGUGCAGAGCUCUGUCAUAGCCCAUGUGGAGCACGUCAUGGUCAGCCAGCAGGAGCAUGAACAGAGGAGAAUGGAGAGAAUCCUAGCAGAGGGACAGAACCGUAACCAGCAACUCCAGGAACAUCUCUCCCAGCAGCUGGCUCAAACUCUCAACAACACCCUGUGUAACCGUCUGGACAAGACUCUCCGAGAGGAGAUGAAGAAAACUGUUCCUCCCACUAUUAUCAAGAGUCUGGAGCCUGUUACUGCCCAUAUGAAUAACACCAUCGCUGCUAAGCUGACGGCUGUGGAGGCAGCACUGAAGGAGAACGUUAGCAAAGUCGUCAAGUCAAAGAACACCACAGAUGCAAUCGGCCGGGCAGCUGCUGAGGCAAUGCAGGGGCCUAUCCAGGCUGCCUACAAGGAUGCGUUCCAGAGCAUUGUGCUGCCUGUGUUUGAGAGGGGCUGCCAGUCUAUGUUCCAGCAGAUCAAUGACAGCUUCAAGCAGGGAACCCAUGAAUAUAUCCAGCAACUGGAGACUCAUGUGAAGAGCAGGAAGCAGCAUGAGCAGGAGGGCCAGGACCCUAUGAUUGGCCAGCUACAGCAGAUGAUUGACACGUUCCAGAAUUCUACGGAUCAGCUGGCCACCACUGUCACAGCAAGUGUCCGCUCGGAGGUCCAGCACCAGCUCAACAUGACGGUGGGAAACCUGCAGGAAUCGAUCCUGACCCAGGUGCAGCGCAUAGUGAAGGGUGAGGUGAGCAUGGCCAUGAAGGAGCAGCAGGCAGCUGUGACCUCCAGCAUCAUGCAGGCCAUGCGCUCUGCUGCAGGCACGCCCGUCCCUACCCCACUCCUCGACUACCAGGCCCAGCAGGCCAACAUAUUGCAGCUGCUGCAGCAGGGACAGCUCAACCAGGCCUUCCAACAGGCCCUGUCAGCCUCUGACCUGAACCUGGUUCUGUAUGUGUGCGAGACCAUUGACUCCCAGCAGGUGUUUGGCCAGCAUCCCUGCCCCCUGAUCCAGCCAGUGCUGCUGUCCCUCAUACAGCAGCUGUCCACUAACCUGGCCACACGCUCUGAGCUCAAGAUCAGUUACUUGGAGGAUGCUGUGAUGAACCUGGACCAUGGUGAUCCGGUGACGAGAGACCACAUGAGUACAGUGCUGUCCCAGGUCCGACAGAAACUGUUCCAGUUCCUGCAGCAGGACCCACACAGUCCUCUUAGCAAGAGAGCCCGGCGCCUGGUGAUGAUGCUUCAGGGCCUUGUCAAUCACUAGUUCUGUACUUGAUGCCCAUCGAUGGAGCCCCUUCUCUUCCUGCUCUGUUCCAAUACAGUUAGAAUAAGGUGCAGUGAGUUUCAUUGAGGUACUGAGGGGAGUGGCAUUUAGUUAGAGAUGUGAGCAUGUUGUGUAAUUGCUCUGAACUUCCUGUACCCACGGCUCUCUCUGAUGCAUUAUACAUCGCAAUUGAAUUUAUUUUUUGUAAUCCUAAUUUUUUUAAAGUGGUAAAAAUGGCAAGAACUGACUGGUUUUUCCCUUUUUGGACUUUUAGAUUGAAGGAUUUUUCUCAGUUUGAAACCCCCGGUUCAUCGUAAGAUCUAUGAACCUUGCCAUUUUCUUAUUUCAGUCCAUUUCCCUGUCAUAGCUGCAAGCGUUAGAGGGACAAAAACAAUCCUAAAUGUAGACUGUUUAAACAGAUGGAUGGGCCCUUCAUGUUCUAUUAUGUUUUAUGUAUGUUCAACCAUUCUGUUAAAUCCAAAGUUCUGACUUUAGUUCAGAAUGGUAUUUUUCUUUGAGGGACUUCUACAGUAGGCUUUGAAUCUGCACUGUUAGUAUUGUAAUAAAGCCUUUCUCUGCUCUUUCCUAUAUAUUAGACUGACCAUAUUACUAUGUAAAGAGGACAGGAGUAUGCUUGUGGAGUCUGAGAAACUGAAAUGGCUGUCCUUGUACAGUUUUAUAGGGUCAUGGGCAACUUUUUUUGUUUGUUGAUGGAAAUUCACUCAUGCCCCUGAAAUCUUUUUUUUCUUUUGUGCCCCCUUUUUAAAAAAUAUAUCUCUCAACAGUCCUUGUAUGACUUGAAUACUGCCUCAGACUUAUUUGAAGUAAUUAUCAUCCAUAGUAAAUGCUUCUAACAUAUUAUUGUUACUGAUUUAUGUCUCGCUUGCUUUUGGAUACCCAAGUAAUGUGUGUAAACCUGAUGUACUUAUCCUGGUCUCUAGAGGACAUCCGUUUGUGAAAAUGCGUGGUUUCUAUAUAAGCUUACAAAGUCUAGUGGGAAAGUACAGCAAAACUGGGGGGGGGGGUGGGGCCUGGUACAGACCUUUGGCACUCCAAUGUUGGGUUGCAUUAUGAACGUCAAUUGCACAAUGCCUGCUCUGCCACUGUGGUCAGUUUAUUGUAAACAUUCAAGUUACAGACUCAAGUGAAUAAGACUUUGUAGGUUUUCCAUCUCAAACCCUUUAUGUGCUACAAAACCUUUCUAUAAAGUGCCUUAUUGUACUUCACGCAUGGGCAUUUGCCAUCCACCACCUUUAGUCUGUUGUGCCAUUUGUAAACCAACUAUUUGCCUGACUAAAAGUUGGUGACUGGGCUUUUUCGUACCUCUCAUCAAUGUCUUCCUUUGCAAACAAGGGCUCAAAUGGCACAGCGAGAGAGAAUCUGUGCAUUAGGUAUACAAACAUUAUUUGACAAUAGGGGCUUGCUAGAGUAAGUCUUAUCUAAAUUUGCUUGGGUAUGUGAUUCCACUUUACUGUAUGAGCGAUAGGAUACAUUUAAACCUAUUAUAAACUUGUCUAGUGUAUACCAAAAUGUCAAUCUCUGCUAUUGAUGUCUUGCCAUCUAAUUGCAUGUACAGUUAUUAUUUAUGGUGGUUCUGAUGUCAUCGGUUUUAAAAUUCCUCAAACUUAAAACAGAAUAAGGUGUCAUAGGGCAGUGUGAGCUAAGCUUGGCAGUGUUUCUUUCCAUUCUGUACACUGCACAUUAGUCUUGAAACAACAUGCUUAUUUAACUAGGCCAGAAUGUUUUAGUUUGACUGUGUAGUGAUGGUUACCUUUGGCGGUUCAAUUUAUUUAGCAUGACUUGUUAAAAGGUGAUUCCUGGCUUGUUCUUCUUUGCUUCAAUUACUGAGUUUCAUCAGUGAACACUAUACAAUGAGCGUACAAAACAUUAAGAACACCUUCCUAAUACGUUGCACUCCCUCUCCUCAGCCUGAAUAUGUCGGGUGUCUACAAGGUGUCGAACGCAUUCCACAGGGAUGCUGGCCCAUGUCGACUCCAAUCCUUCUCACAGUUGUCAAGUUGGCUGGAUGUCCUUUGGGUGGUGGACCAUUGUUGAGCAUGAAAAACCCCAGCAGUGUUCCAGUUCUUGACACAAAUCGAUGUCUGGCAACUACUACCAUACCCCUUUCAAAGGCACUUACAUCUUUUGUCUUGCCCAUUCAACCUCUGAAUGGCACACAUACACAAUCCAUUGGGGCGGCAGGGUAGCCUAGUGGUUAGAGCGUUGGAAUAGUAAAGACGGUUGCAGUUCAAACCCCUGAGAUGACGAGGUACAAAUCUGUCGUUUUGCUCCUGAACAGGCAGUUAACCCACUGUUCCUAGGCCGUCAUUGAAAAUAAGAAUUUGUUCUUAACUGACUUGCCUAGUUAAAUAAAGGUAUAAAAAAAUACAAUCUCUCGAAUGAUUAAAAAUAGUUUAACCUGCCCUUUAGAUACACUGAUUUAACAGGUGCCAGCAGUAAGGAAUCGUAGCAUUCACCUGGUCAGUCUGUUAUGAUUCGCGGCCCUUCGAAGGGGAGGACUGCGGGCGGACAGUUGCCAAUCCCUGCUCUGGAGGUAUCAUGCAUUAAAAAGGCAAACCACUGUCUUCAAGGUUAUAAGCCAUCUGUUUUACAAAGCCAUAAAGCAGACAUGAAUCUCGUUUAUAUUUUUCUGAAGAAGGUUGAGAGUUAGAGGACGGAUCUGUCCAUGGUCAGGUAGGUGGACUAUCCAUCAUUUAUUGUACUGAAUGUUACAUAUCUGGAUUUCUGGAAACUGACCCUUUUUCACUGAGUGCUCGAUUAACUUAAACAAAUGUUCAUUUGGAAUAGCAAAUGUCACCUGAAGUGUAAAAGCCGGAUGGUUUCCAUGCUCUUAGGUAGUUUUACUUUCAUGUUUCAUAUUGAUCAGGGUUAAGCCGCAAGAAUCACAGACCUGUAUUUUGAAAGGAAACUUGCACAUAAACGCUAUACAGUGUAUAUUUUUCCCCCUAGUUUACAAAGGAUAUUAUCCGGACCAAUGUGGAUCGUUUUGUUAUUUACAUCUUGUUUUGUUCCCUGUGCUUGGAUUGUGUUGUAUAUUUUACCCUCGACAUUUUGGAAUAAAAAAUCAAUUACUUCAA